GCUGUUAGGUGGAAUCGUCACUGGUUGCAAACUCUGACAGGAGAACAUAAUUUUUUCCCAAGUUAACAAUCUCAAUACAACCGGGAAUUUGAUAAAGGACAGUGCGCCACAUCAGAAGUGAUAUCCGGCAAGCCGGAGCGGCAACAAAUACUUCCCAGCUUCACGAAGAAGAAGACUGAUUAGCACUAGAGGAAAAAUGGGCACGUCAUCGAUGUGGAUGGUCGUGGCUUUGGUUGUCAGCUUGGCCAGUUCCGGCUGGGCAUUGUACUCAUCAUCGGACGACGUCGUCGAGCUAACCACUAGCAAUUUCGAUCGGAUGGUAUUGAAGAGUGACGAGAUUUGGGUGGUCGAAUUCUACGCUCCAUUCUGUGGCCAUUGUCGAAAUCUGGUGCCGGAAUAUAAGAAAGCCGCUACCGCUUUGAAGGGAAUCAUCAAGGUUGGAGGAAUAAACUGCGAGGAGGAGCAAAGCUUGUGUGGCCAACAUGGAGUUCGAGGAUAUCCCAUGAUUAAGAUCUUCGGUGCGAACAAACGAUCGCCGGUGGACUACAAUGGACAGCGCACGGCGAAGGACAUUGCUGAAUCGGCACUUGCUGAGGCAAAGAAGCAGAUCAAGAAUGUUUUGGGAGGUGGAUCCAGUGGAUCUUCCGAAAGCGGUAGUUCCGAUUCGAAGGAUGUAGUUGAGCUGACGGAUUCCAACUUUGACAAACUGGUGUUGAACAGUGACGAUAUAUGGUUGGUUGAAUUCUUCGCUCCAUGGUGCGGACACUGUAAGAAUCUCGCUCCGCACUGGGCCAAGGCAGCCACCGAACUGAAGGGUAAGGUCAAACUCGGAGCACUGGAUGCAACGGUACACACAAUCAAGGCUCAACAGUACGGAAUCCAGGGUUACCCGUCGAUCAAGUUUUUCGGUGGUGGCGUAAAGGAUCGUGAAUCGGCUCAGGAUUACGACGGUGGUCGAACUGCUUCCGAUAUCGUCAACUGGGCCCUGGAGAAGCACAGCGAAAACAUUCCGGCCCCGGAGAUUGUUCAACUGACUUCGGAGGAAAUUUCCAAGAAGACCUGCGAAAACAAACCCCUGUGUGUCGUAUCGGUGCUGCCACAUAUUCUGGACUGUGACGCAGCCUGCCGGAACAACUAUCUUACAAUCCUAGCCAAAAUGGGUGACAAGUACAAGAAGAAGCAAUGGGGCUGGCUGUGGUCCGAAGGAGGAGCUCAACCCGAAAUCGAAUCCACCUUGGACAUUGGAGGCUUCGGUUAUCCGGCGAUGGCCGUUGUGAAUGUCAAGAAGAUGAAAUACUCUCUGCUGCGUGGAGCCUUCUCCGAGGAUGGAAUCAACGAGUUCCUGCGCGACUUGUCCUACGGUAGAGGACACACGGCCCCGAUCAAGGGUGCUGCACUGCCGAAAAUUCACACCGUUGAACCGUGGGAUGGUAAGGACGGACAGCUACCGGAGGAGGAAGACAUCGACUUGUCCGAUGUAGAUUUAGAUGAGAAGGAUGAACUGUAGGUGCCGGGACGUUUUAGUCCAAGUCAGGCG